AUGGGGAGGAAGACAUUUGUUUACAAACAGUCUUCUUCCCUGUCAGCUCAGGCACACCGCUCGGGAUGGCUGCGCACAGCACAGCCAUCCAAAGCAGUGUGCUUACAGUGAAGCACACACCCCCCUGCCCCCUAGUAAAACACAGAGUUAACCCUUUGAUCACCCCUCACAUUAACCCGUUCCUGCCCAGUGUCAUUAGUACAGUGUCAGUGCUGUUUUUUAGCACUGAUCACUGUAUUUGUGUCACUGGGGAUGUCAGUGACACCAAGUUAGUUCCCCCCAGUUGUCAGAAUACCCGCUGCAGUCCCAGUAUAAGUCGCUGAUCGCUGCCAUUACUAGUAAAAAUUAA